UGGGUGGAGCUACGUAUAAGAAUAAGGUAUUUAAAGGUGAGGACAAAGUGAAGGAAGCACCGUGAAAAUGGAUCUCUGCAAGGUUCUGUGUGGCAUAACAGUGGCGAUCAGUCUCUUGUCCAAAGGAUGCCAUUCACUGCCAGAAUGUGGCAUGGCUUCAAAUAACCCCAGAAUUGUGGGAGGUCAAGAUGCGGCUCCAGGAAGCUGGCCCUGGCAAGUCAGUUUAAGCACUGAGUUCUCUGAAGCCUUCUGUGGGGGGUCCCUAAUUACCAGCGAGUGGGUGCUGACUGCUGCUCACUGCAUAUCACCGUAUGACAGAAUAACGGCUUAUCUGGGCCGCCACAACCUGUCAGAUCCAAACCUCAAUGAAGCGUCACGGACAAUUAAUGAGACCGUUUGCCAUCCUGCAUACGACCCCCUGACCUUGGACAACGACAUAUGCCUCCUGAAGCUGUCGGCCCCUGUGAAUUACACGAACUUCAUAUAUCCAGUGUGCUUAGCCUCAGAAAACAGCACUUUCUAUGCCGGCACAAGCAGCUGGGUCACUGGUUGGGGUGCUGAUGCUAAUGGUUCCUAUCCCAACAUCCUUCAGGAGGUGAAGGUGCCAAUUGUGGGAAACAACGAGUGCAGUUGUUCCUAUGAAGGAAUCACAGACAACAUGAUCUGUGCUGGGUACAAAGACGGAGGGAAGGAUUCAUGUCAGGGAGACUCAGGGGGGCCAAUGGUGACCAAAUAUGGUGAUGUGUGGGUCCAGAGUGGGAUCGUGAGUUGGGGCGAAGGCUGCGCCAGGCCUUUGGCCCCUGGAGUUUACGCUCGUGUGUCCGAGUACCAGGGAUGGAUCAGCAACAUCACAGGCAGCAGCAAACCAGGCUUUGUUACCUACACUUCCUCAGGAACCGACAGCGACGAAGACUUCAUCUGUUUUCCACCCACUACCACUACCACCACCACCACCACCCAGUCACCUCCAUCCACAUCUCCCAACGUCACUCGCGAUGGCAACAGCAUAUUUGACGGUGGUGAGAACGUAAUCCACUUCUCCCACUUCACUCACUUCAUCUCACUCUGUGUUCUCUUUCUUUCGCUCCAUGUUCUGGUUGGCGACGCAUAACAUGAAAGCGAAAGUAUUUAAGGUAAAAGGUUUCUGUGCCUCAGUGUCUCAGCGGACUGUUGGGUGACUUGUCUUUAAUUGAGGAGUAACUCAACACCACACUGAAAAGCAGCAUCUCUGUGGGAAAAUUUCAACUGGGGGUGGACGGCAACGUGCCCUGUUGCACCUGCAAGCAUAACGGGCAGUGAUGUCCUGGCCUACACCUGUGCAUGACUGCAUCAAUCCACUAGAGGUCAGCAAACACAACAUGUCAGUGUGGUGAUGAGUUGCUCUUUAAAUUUGAUGUUGAUUUUCCAAAAGUUUAAAAUCAGUAUUCUAAUAAAAAGUUAAUAAUUUAAUAAACAACAGAUGGUUGGGUAAUAUCUGACACACUAUAAUAACUGUGUAAUAAUAAUAAUCUGCAAUACACCUUGAUUGAAAGUUUUGAUUGUCUUGUAAAGAAAUAUUGGCUUCCAGGCACGUGUAACAAUAAAAAUACAAUAGAUA